AUGCGCGGGCACCGGGACACGGGGAUGGACAGAGCUGCCGCGGGGCAGAGCCGGGCCGUGCAAUGCUGCGCCGUGCCGAGCCGAGCCGAGCCGUGCCGCCCCGCGGUGGGCGGGCCGUGCCGAGCCGCGCUCCGCUAUAAGGCGGCCCCGCAGCAGCGGUGGCCCCGCGAUGCCAUGUGCGCCCCGCGCUGCCUCUUCCUCCCCCUCCUCCUCUUCCUCCUCCUCCUCCCGCUGUUGGCGGCCCCCAGCCCCGCAGUGGCCCCGUCGGGGCGGCCCCGUGUCCGCCGAGGGCUCACCUACCCCGGGACGCUGUGGUGCGGCGCCGGGAGCAACGCGGACAGCUACGAGCAGCUGGGUGAGCACCGUGACACCGACCGCUGCUGCCGGGACCACGACCACUGCCAGCACGUCAUCCACCCCUUCACCUCCCGCUAUGGUUACCGCAACCUGCGCUGGCACACCAUCAGCCACUGCGACUGCGACCGCCGGUUGAAGGAGUGCCUGCAGCAGGUGAACGACACGGCGUCGCGCGUGGUGGGACAGGCGUUCUUCAACGUCAUCCAGGUGCCGUGCUUUGAGUUUGCCUACAAGGAGGAGUGCGUGCAGCCGUACCUCUAUGUGUGGUGCAGGGCGUACAACACGGUGGCCGUGGCGGUGCCCAAGGAACCGGUGCUGUAUGAGUUUGGUGGGGAGCUCAUCGACAGGGCAGCGUGGCCUGGGGGGGAACCCCUGGACCUCCCAGCUGUGAAAGUGAGGAAAAGGAUGAAGGAAAAGAGGAAGAAGGGGAAAGGUUUGAAGAAGAGCCCUUCUGGAAUCAGGGAGCUGAACCACGCCGCAUCUGUCACCCCCAUUCCCCCCAACUCAGGGGGACAGGACAGCAGGAAGAGGAGGAGGAAGGAGAGGAACAGAAAGAAGAGGCUGAAAAGCAACACUGAGGCAGCAUGAGCCUCACGCCCACCCUGUGGGGGCUCUUGUUGUGUUAAUUAAUAAAGUGGGUAAUGAGCAGCCACUGCAGUGUGUUGGGGGUCUGCGGGGUGAGAGCCAUGGUGGGGCCAGAGAGGGGGCAUAUGGGGCAGUGGUGCCCAUCCAACACACAGGUCUGGUCCUGGUGCAUGACAGCAAGGGAGAACCCAAGGUCUGCAGGGCCGUGUGAGGAAGAGUUAUGUGGGCUCCAGCUGCACAUCAUUGCUCACACUGGCUGUGGUUGUGGCUCUGAGGAAGGCAGCCACAGCACUGCACAGGGCUGAAC